ACUUACAUUCAGACUACUACCCUUAUAAAUGCCUUGAUGUGUAGUAUAUGUUUUUGUUUCUCCUCGUUUCUUGCAUUUUAUGACAUUGAACCAAACAAAUACAGCUGCUUAGAUAGACAGUGAGCAAUAACAUAUAAUGGACACCUGGAUUAAGAUUUUCAUUGGGAUUACCAGUUUUUCGAGUUUUCUUGCUGCAUUACAGCCGGGCAACUGGGGCAGCUGUGAAAAUGGUGAGUCUAUACCUACCCGUACAAACACUUCCUUACGCGUAGAGGCGUUACGAGCCGAGAUGGUGAAAGAAAAACUAGGUGCAUAUAUUGUUCCAUCUGAAGAUUUUCACAUGAGUGAGUUUGUUUCAAGUUAUGAUGAAAGGAGAUUUUACAUAUCUGGCUUCGACGGCUCAAUGGGAACGGCAGUGAUUACUGCGACACAUGCUGCCUUGUGGACCAGAGGUAAAUACUUCCUGCAAGCAGAGACACAACUCGGCUGUGACUGGAUACUUAUGCGGGAAAGGGAACCCGGUGUUCCAACAAUUGAAGAAUGGCUAGGUGAACAAUUGGAAAAUCAAGCAGUGAAGAAGGUUGGCGCAUGCCCUUACUUCUUUGGAAACGAUGCUUGGUUAGACUAUGAGAAGUCACUAGAACAGCAUGGCCUUCGGUUAGGUCAAACUGUCCCUGAUCUUAUCGAUAAAAUUUGGACAGACGACAGGCCGGCAUUUCCAGACACAGUCAUCAAUUCAUAUCCCUUAAAGUAUGCUGGCAAGUCUUGGCAGGACAAAGUUCAAGAAGUGCAAGAAGAAAUGAAAAAGAAAAACGCCGAUGUUCUGAUUGUAACCAUGCUUGAUGAGACGGCCUGGCUGUUCAAUAUGAGAGCUACGGACAUAAGAGGUUUUGUCAACGAUCCGUUCUUCUACUCUCUAGCAAUUGUUCGACCAUCUUCAGUAAGCCUGUAUAUCAAAAACAAGGAAAUGAAACUGACAGCAAACCCAACUGAUCAAGAAAGUGAUCAAACCAUAAAGGAUCAUUUGAACACUAGGGCUGACGGCUCAUGUCGGAAAAAUUCAAACAAAAUGUGUGUUGAGGUGAAGGAGUACAAUUAUGUAUCAUUUAUAAUGGAUUUGGAUGCCCUAGCGGGAAACGCCACCAUCAAACGUAUCUGGCUGUCAUAUUUCUGUAAUUAUGCUGUCUACACAAUGAUUCCACAGGACAAAAUCUACGUUGAUAACACACCAGUCGCAAUGCUUAAAACCCAGAAGAAUGAUGUAGAAGUUCAGGGAAUGACAAACUCUCAUAUACGUGAUGCAGCAGCAUUGGCUAUAUUUGCCUCCAAACUGGAGAAAGGAGUUAAGUCUGGGGAGACGUGGACUGAAGUGUCAGCGUCCAAUGAGCUCACCAGGUUAAGAAGUUUACAGGACCUAAACAGAGGGGACAGUUUUGCCUCUAUAUCAUCGUCAGGUUCUAAUGCAGCUAUUAUACACUACUUCCCAACCAAUACCACAGAUCGACGUAUCACUGCCAAUGAUAUCUACCUCAUUGACUCCGGUGGACAAUAUCUAGAUGGAACCACGGAUGUCACCAGAACCUUUCUAUGGAGAGAUCCUACUGCGUUUGAAAAGGAAUGUUAUACUAGAGUGCUGAUGGGGCAAAUAAAUCUUGCGAUGGCAGUUUGGACCAAGGGACUAUUUGGUCGGGAAAUAGACGCUUGGGCUCGGCAACCGUUGUUUGAUGUUGGAUUAACAUUCAAACAUGGUACAGGCCACGGGAUUGGGCACUAUCUGAGUGUACAUGAAGGGCCUGGACGUAUUUCAAAUUAUCAUGCCAAAUUUGACUGGGAUGUUCCCCUUGCUGAGCACAUGUUCUACUCAGAUGAGCCAGGUUAUUAUGAAGAUGGAAAAUUUGGCAUCCGCCUAGAAAAUAUUGUUUACGUGAAGAAAGUAGAAACAAAGUAUUCCAUGAAAGGGGUCACGAUGCUGGGUAUGGAAACUGUCACGUUAUUUCCUUACGAAACACAUUUGAUUGAUUACAGCAAAAUGUCAGGAAAACAGAUUUCAUGGUUGAACGCUUACAAUGCUAAGACACUGGAGAAGGUUGGAAAGUUGUUAAAAGACCAGGACGCUAUGGAAGCGUAUGAAUGGGUAGAAAAAAGGACAAAGAAAAUUGAAACUACAAGUGGUUCAACUACUACAAUUGCUUCCAACUUUAUUAUCUAUUCUCUACUGCUUUUAUAUCUAAUUUGGUGAUAUUUCAAGACAUUUUAAAGUUAUAAGUUGCGUAUGUUUGUUAUUCCCUUCGUUUACAUAUCCAGUAUGUAUAGUUUGAACGGUUCUGUGAUUUUGUUAAGCAUUUAACAAUAGUUUAGGAUGGACUGUCUGUGAUCUGACUUGUAGAUUUUUCUCAGUGGAACACUUUCGUCCCUUAUCAAAAGAAAAUUUAACAAAAUUAGAGGUCUUUUUUUUCAUUUUAUAUUUAUAGGUUAUUAGAUUUGUGUGGAGAAAUAUGCAUGAGUUCUGCAGCGGAAAUAUUGUUCGACUUAAGGAGCGCAAUAAUAUUCCGCGAAAGAACGAGUGUAUAUUUCUCGAUGCAAAUCUAAUAAUCUUUUUAUUUCGUACACAUACUGCGUCUAAUAAUUAUGGUAUAACUGAUAUAGAUUUGUUCUUCUGAGUAAAACUGAAAAUAUCUUCGUAAAAAAACAUUUAAACAUGACGACAUGCAUGAAACUAACGUCACAAAUGACGUCACGCAUCCGGUAUGAAAUUUUAACGUCAUUAUGGAAAAAUAUUGACGUUCCAGGUUUCAUUGUAACUGAACGGAAUGUAUAAUUAAGUAUGAAAUAAGUUAAAAUAUUUCACCACGUGUCAUUAAUAUUAAUUAAUUAAAAUAAGGCGACUUUGGUGUAUAAUAACCCUGUUCAAAUGAGAAGACUGAUAAUGCAAAAAAAAAUUCGUGUUUAUAUGAAAUUAUAUGAAAUUGUAUGAGAAUGAAAAAUGAAAGAUUCAAUAAACGCAGUGAAUGUUUA